CGUACCAAGCAGACAGCCUGCAGGAGGCCAGCGAGGCGUACCUGGUGGGUCUGUUCGAGGACACCAACCUGUGUGCGAUCCACGCCAAGAGGGUCACCAUCAUGCCCAAAGACAUCCAGCUGGCCCGCCGGAUCCGUGGAGAGAGAGCUUAGAUCCUGCCUGACUGCAGUCCUCCUCUUCUUCUCUUGUUCUUCUACCCCUCCCUCCCUCCGUUUGUCCCCACCUGUCCUCUCAGUAGACGUUAGGCUCGUUCUGAUUCUGAACAGAUAGAAAUGUUGAAGUCUGCUCUCUGAUAGAUCGUUUUUUAUUCUUCUGUCUACAGAUGUUUUUAAAGUACAUGUUUUGUGUGUGUUAGGAGUUUUGCAGACCACAUGUGCAUGCACACACAUACUGGGACGUGUCUCGUGGGGUUUGGGUGGUGCUUUGAGCUCACCUGGUGUCUGACAGCUGAAGCACAGAGGCGCCAGGCCGAGGGGCUAGUCUGCUUAAGGGGAGCUGCAACUUCCACAGCACGGUGCUAUUAAAACUAGUCCUGAGGCCUGUGGCUCUGAGCACCCCCCUGCCCACCUAGUCUGCCCCCCUCCUCCCAGCUCCUUCACCUGGAAGUAGCCUCUUUAAGCACUUUCAGAAACCACUUCAAGCUGGAACUGGUGUUUACCCUGAACCACCUGUGGAGACCUGUUCCUGCUCACAGUUAAUCCGCUGUAGUUCCCAUAUCCGGCCAGCAGGUGGCYCCGCACACUYACUGUGACAAACCAAACAGUGGGUACUCACAUGUUUGUUUGGACCGAGGAUGUUGAAAAGAUGAGCAGCUCAGCAUCGCUCUGCUGUCCAUCAUUGUUCCUGUUCUUCAUCUACAUGUGCAGCAAAACUGCUGACUGCAGCCGUCUGUAGUUCACACUGAGCUGGUGUUUGUAAAAACCUGAGACCUGGAUCCAAACAGCUCCAGAGGAAACAGGAACAAAUCACAGCAGGGAUGUUUGACUGUUAGCAGGCAUGGUGGAAACCGGGCCUCAGAGCCUUCUGGCUGCUUUGGUGUCAGUUCUGAAUGGACUGGAGCAGCACCAGGUCUGGUCUUUUAAACCUGGUGGGACCCGAGCUGUGACUCAGCGGACCACCAGGCCGCAGGAUUUAAAAACACUCUGUAACUCUAGUAACAUGGCUCCAUCAGGGGUUUCUGAACCCUCAGAACUGGUUUGUGAAAGUAAGAGUUUGUGUGGACCUGCCAGUCCGGAUCWUCCACACUAAUCCAGAUUAUAGAUCCGAGUUGAGGAUUUGAUUUGUCCUUCUUUACCUGUAUGCUAAAUAAUUGCUGGAGGGGCAUCUCUUCCAUGAAACCAUCAGAGUGACUCUAAAGCUGCUUUACAACAYCAGGAAACUGUGAUUGUGAUAAGAACCAGCAGAGGGCGCCAGCUCCCCAUCGCUCCAGUUCUCACCUGUAGAUCAUCACCUCAUGGUCCAGCUCAGUAGAAGUUGGUUUAGUAGAAGUUCUGCAUGUUUUGGGUCUGUGUGUCUUCUGUAGUCUCUGUAGAUCUGAACAGAAAAACUGUCCAUUUCCUGAAAUUUGUGAUACAGAUAUAACCUCAUAAUUGUUUUCUUUUAUAUUUUUCUUAUUCCUUGAGAUUUUCAGACAUAUAAUGAGCUGAUCUUUGUAUUUUCCAAAUUUCUCAUAUGGUGGUAAUAAAUAUGUUAAAACAAGUUGA